AUGGCUACCGACGGGUGGACUGUCCACAACCAACAGGGAUCCCUUAUCAUACAGGCUAACACACGCACUCACCGGUUGGUUGCAGAUUUUGACCAGACCUACCUGGACCUCCUUCCUGAAUUGGAAGCAGGAACACUGAUGUUUGUGGAAGGCAGCAACCCACCACGCAUGCCCAAUUGCUGGAGAACACUCAGUAAAGGCUGUCGAGUGGUUUCCCUUCCUUUGAUGGUGUGGGCAGACAAUGUCUCUGGUAACCUCUUGAAGAAGUUCAACAAGCACCACAUCAUUAUGGAAAUGAUCAAGUGA